UGUUCUUGUUUUGUCAUUUUACUUCUUCCUGCACCAUGCAGACCUUUGCCAACAAAUGCAGAACAUUUUGCUCAUAUUUUGUGUUUUCUGUGUGUGUUGCUGGCAUGUGUAUGGUUUGCAGUGCUGGUAAAGACAGAAACAGAUGGAGGGACAGGGAAAGAGGAGGAGGAGGUUUCAAAAUGUCCAGCAGAAAAACAACUUCCAAGCCCAUCCCUCCCUCUCCUUCUCCUCCUCCUCUUCCUCCACCACGGCCUCCUCUUCGCUCGCGUCGCAAAUCAAAGUCACCUUCAUCCCGCUCUAACCACUCGACCCCAAAACGAGCCUUGGAUUUGGACAAAAUCGGGACUACUAUCGCAGAAGACAGCAGGCAAACCGGCCGAGGGUCCCAAGACCUAAGGGGCUCCCAGGGUUCAGAGCUAGACAGGAAGUGGGAGGGUGUGGCCUUGGAGCUACAUUGCCGUGGCAGCAGGAUGAGGUCGGCAGUGUACCAGACUUCAGACUUGCCCUCUAUGGUCAAAGCCAAGAGACAGUUGGAGCAGAGUGAGGGCAAGGGGCAGAUAGACCGGAGUAAAUGGAAAGCAACAUUUGUUUGAGUAGCCUGAUGUUUAGCUGCUUCACAGAGUCCCUGGCCUGCUGACGUCGUCUAUGUGACUCUGACCACGCUGAUUGUGUCUGCAGCAGCUGGAACAUCUGUCUAGCUUUCAAGUUGUGGCAAAGGGCUCAGUGACAACUGAGCAGCUGCUCUCAGACUGUAUGCCGAGGGCUGCUAUUAGAAGAUAACCGGCUGAGAUUAAUCUAAUGCUGUGUCCCAGUUCCAUACUACAUCAUUCUAACUGUACCGUGCAGGGGUGGAAAGUAAUGUGUUCACACAAGUUACUGUGCAAUUUUGAGGGACUUGUUCUUUACUUUUCAUUGAAUGCUACUUUGUACUCUUACUCCAUUACAUUUCAGAGGAAAAUAUAGUACUUUUUACUCCACUCCACUUAGUUUCACAGCUAUUAUUACAAACACAACAUUUUGCCUUAUAAAAGAUAAUGCAUGUUUAGUUGAAAAUGCCCAUUUCAAGGAACACCUCAG